GGCGGGCUUGUACCGCAGUUUUUUUGUGACGAAGAGCGGCCCAUGCACCCGUGUUGUGAGCGUUCAGUGACGUGGCGCUGAGUUGCAAUUCUACGGAGUGGUGACUUCGUGGCGGCCUUUUUUUCUUCGUCUUUUCUGUCACGUGAUGGGUGGUGACGGUGGUUUUGGAAGCGCGUGUGACGACUACGGUUGUGCCCACAGUGGUUUUUACGGUGGUCGACUAGACGGGCGGACUUGAUUUGGAGAGGGUCCGCCGUAUCUAUUUUGGAUUGUAGUGUGCAGUACAGUAGAACAGGUUGCCAAUACUCGGUCCGUCAAAGCCGAGAACACAGACUUAUGCCAUCACCAGAGAGGGAGAAAAUGGAACAACCUUUGUGUUGCAAUAUGCUCGACAUCCGUCACCAAAUCUUUGCCGGUCAGCGGCGUCAUUCCCCUUCAAGCUCAGCAUGCGCAACCGCGCCAUACCCUACGGCCGUCCAAGAAGAAAUGCAGCGGGGAGCUGGGCUCCCGUGAACAGCCAUGAUGGAUCUUGAAGCGGGCGUGGGAGUCGGCUGCUGUAAUGGCGAUGGCAGCAACUGUUCCCCGUUGGACGGCCGCUUCUUUCCCGAGAGCUUUCCAUCUGAAUCUGAUUCCCAGCGAGGCACGGACGCCAAAGCCAAUGACGAAGCCGAAACACCCAGGCCGGAGGGGCAGCUUACACUCGAGGAGAAAAAGUUCCUCCUUGCUGUCGAGAGGGGCGACCUGGCAACCGCCAGGAGGUACAUCGUCAGUGCGGAGGCCGGUCUAUCCCAGCUCAACUACAACUGCAUGGAUCCUCUGGGUCGCACAGCGAUGCUUAUGGCUAUCGACAACGAAAACCUUGAGAUGAUAGAACUUCUCCUGUCGCAUCGCGUCGACACCAAGGACGCCCUUCUGCAUGCUAUCAGUGAAGAGUACGUCGAGGCCGUAGAACUGCUCCUCGAACACGAGGAGGCAACACGGAAGCCGGGACAGCCUCACAGCUGGGAAGCCAUCGACCGGGACACGGCAACAUUCACCCCUGACAUGACGCCCCUGAUCCUGGCGGCCCACCGCGACAACUACGAGAUCCUCAAGAUCCUCCUCGACCGCGGCUACACGUUUCCUGCACCGCACAGUGUCCGCUGUAGCUGCGGGGACUGUGUCCGGUCCCGGUGCGAAGACUCCCUCCGUCAUUCGCGUUCGCGCAUCAAUUCGUACCGUGCUCUUGCCUCUCCAUCUCUGAUUGCUCUGUCCAGCAAAGAUCCCAUUCUGACGGCAUUCGAGCUCAGUGGCGAACUCAGGAGGUUGGCUUUCCUCGAACAUGAAUUCAAGAGCGAGUACAUGGAACUACGCCGAAAGUGCCAAGACUUCGCCACAGCCCUCCUGGACCACACAAGGACGUCUUACGAACUGGAGGUGCUCCUUAACUACGAUCCCACGGGUCCAGCUUUCGAACAUGGAGAUCGAAUGCACUUGAGUCGACUGAAAAUGGCCAUCAAGUUCAAACAGAAAAAAGUGAGACGCGUUGCUCUUGAUGCCUUCUACGUGACCACGACUGACCUCGAUUUUUUUAUUUUUUUUACUUUUCAGUUUUGCGCACAUCCCAAUGUGCAGCAACUCUUAGCGUCCAUCUGGUACGAAGGCCUUCCAGGAUUUCGUAGGAAAAAUAUCAUAUUACAAUCUCUGCAGAUUUUGAAGAUAGGAAUGUUGUUCCCCGUAUAUUCCAUAGCGUACGUCGUAGCGCCACAUUCCGAUUUCGGAAGGACGCUACGAAAGCCCUUCAUUAAGUUCAUCUGCCAUUCCGCUUCCUACGUUACCUUUCUAUUUCUUUUGAUGCUGGCGUCUCAGAGGAUAGAGACUGUAGUGGUUGAAUGGUUUGGAAGCGAAGAGAUGAAGAUGAAAGUUCGAAGUGAUAUUACGACCAAACGUGGAGCAGCCCCUAGUAUAGUUGAGUGGAUGAUCUUAGCCUGGGUGUCAGGCUUAAUAUGGAGUGAAAUGAAACAACUUUGGGAUCUCGGUUUAGGAGAAUACGUUAGCGACAUGUGGAACAUAAUAGACUUUAUAACAAAUUCUUUGUACGUGGCGACAGUAGCACUUCGAGUCAUAGCGUACUUACAGGUUCAAAAAGAAAUUGCUCAGAACACUGGAACUGCGUACCUUCCGAGAGAAAAAUGGGAUGCAUGGGAUCCUAUCCUCAUAGCAGAAGGGCUUUUUGCAACGGCCAACAUCUUCAGCUCCCUGAAACUUGUGUACAUCUUCUCGGUGAAUCCUCACCUUGGACCCCUGCAAAUCUCUCUGGGCCGCAUGGUGAUCGACAUCGUCAAGUUCUUUUUCGUGUACACGCUGGUGCUAUUUGCCUUCGCCUGCGGCAUAAACCAGCUCCUGUGGUACUACGCGGACAACGAACGCCAGAUGUGCCACAAGCUCAACAAAGAGGCCGGCACCUCGGCAUACAGGAGCGACCACAGCGUCUGCUUCACAUGGCGGCGAUUCGCCAAUCUAUUCGAGUCGUCCCAGACGUUGUUCUGGGCGAGCUUCGGCCUCAUCGACUUGGACAACUUCGAACUUUCGGGGAUCCAAAGCUACACUCGCUUCUGGGGACUGCUGAUGUUUGGCUCCUAUUGCGUCAUCAACGUGGUCGUGCUUCUCAACCUGCUCAUCGCCAUGAUGAACCACUCCUACCAGAUGAUAUCGGUAGGCCCGUUUUCAGAACAUGCCGAUGUGGAAUGGAAGUUUGCCCGAUGCAAGCUGUGGAUGAGCUACUUCGAAGACGGCGGAACGGUACCUCCGCCUUUCAACGUAAUACCGACGCCCAAGAGUAUUGUCUACUUAGCUAGGUGGUGUUACCGCAAGGUUUGCGGCAACUCCAGGACGGCCAAGAAGGAGCAUCUCAGGACGAUUCGGAAAAAAGCACGGCAAGCCAGCGAACGAGACAUGAAGUAUCAAACGAUCAUGCGAAACCUCGUGCGCCGUUACGUAACCAGUGAGCAGCGCAAGGCGGACAACCAGGGGGUGACAGAAGAUGACGUCAACGAAAUCAAGCAGGAGAUCUCAUCUUUCCGCUACGAGCUGUUGGAAGUUCUCAAGAACAGUGGUUUUAACACAACAACUGCGAGCGGACAGAGUCAAGGCAUAGGAGGCAAGAAAGGACGCCAACGCGAGCGUCGCCUCAUGAAGGGCUUCAACAUCGGCCUGGUUGAGGGGUCGGUGCCCAGCCCUCCAGAGAUCAACAUAGAAGACGUGACGUCACGGAAGUCACCCGUCUCUCGGUUGGCCCGCCUGGCGCGUCUCACCAGCAAAAAAAGCAAACAGAAACGCGGCAGAUGGGGUAACCUUGUGGAGGCCACGCGAAGCGCCCGCGCGGCCUUUACGCGUAGCCGCAGUGAAGAGACCAUGAGUUCCACAUCGAGCGAAUCUUCAGUCAACGGUGUUGACCCAAAGAAGGACUCAACUUCAGAGACUUCGCUAUCUAUACGCGGACGCUUUUCGCGCAAGUUCGGUACCCUCACCUUCAGUAGGUCCAGAAUCAAGCUCGCCUUUGGCGACCACGAGAUUCGGCAAGUUUCGUCGGAGAAGCGAAAAGCACACCGUACUGUGAGCGCCCCGCCGUCUUCCGUGCUUCCCCGUGCGGCCAUCGGCGACCGCCAGAACGCUUCGUGCAACGUUCUGGCGGCCGACUGCAAGCUGUCCCCCAUUCCAAGCUGUGCCAGUUCGAAAGUGCCCACACCCCGGAACUCCAUCAACGGCACUCUCGAAGGGGAGGCUCCGACGAAUGCGGAGCAGCCUGAGGAGAAUGAUGGCGAAGUAGAGGAGAAGGAGAGUGCGGUGUUGCCCACACUUGUGGUCGACGAGCCGGACGUCCUGAAAGAUGACGAGGACUCGCCGGCGAACGGCUCUAUUCCGUUCCUUGCUAGGGUGUAUGGCAUCGAACCUGUGAACAAGCCCAUGAACAUGGGUUGGAUUUGACCUUCACUGGAGAAGGUGCUGUUGGAUGCCUGUGUUUGUCUGCGCGUGUCUUUGCCGACGACUCUUUGUGAAGGAAACCUGUUGUGCGUGUGAUGAGUGUGCUUGUUUUGUCUUACAGGCAAGGUCUUGCAAGCGAUGCUCGUUUGGUAUACUUUGUGGUUUUAAUUGUCGCUGGGCGAUACGGGUGAAAUGUGUGAAUAGUAGACGCGUGCUCGUUUUCUUAUGAGCCUAGGAACAACAACAAUAACAAAAUUUUGAAUGAUGAGGUCAAGGGGUGUUUCCCCGGUUAGGAGGAGGGACACCAUCCCAGUGCAUGUGUGGUAAUAUGGUUUGACGAGCUUGCAUGGCACGCGCGUGAAGGUAUCAGGGCAACCGCUUAGAUCAUAUAGGAACGCCAGGUGUUCCUUACUAGUUGCUAGUGCUUUGCGGGUGUCGACCAUAACACGUCCCUAUCAAAUGCCAACAGUGAGUGAAACGAAGUCCACAUAGGUGCUGAAUUAGCAUGCAGCAGUGAACACACAGUCAGAUUUGGAAGCUAUCCGGCCGUACACCGUAAAGCCAAAGCUUGCCACUGUAGAAACUGGGGCUGGUGGGCCUUGAUGUAGAUGAAUGGUGGAAAAAUAUUGAGAUGCGUGACGGUGAUAUGAUUGCUCUUUCGAGCUGUAUACCGAUGUGUCGGCGUUGGAAAGGGUAUUCUUAAUAUGAGGGGCAUUCAUAUGCAUUAUAAGUAAGGUUCCGGGUUUUCGGAGUUUUCGGAAUUUAUUGUUUCCCGUGAUUUCGGAGUUUUUCGUCGCUUAUUUUUGAAAGUGAGUUGAUAUCAGACAUUCGGAGAAAAAAAAAUGACCCUACGAAAUGACCUACGAAUGACCCCAAAAUUCCCUCAUGUCGAGUAGAGUCGCUGUCCAGUGGUUCCAAUGUUGAACUGCAUCUAGGCAAAGAUGGCGUUAACCCAAAUUACACGGGUGCCUCCCCGGAGAUCCCCUCUUCCUUGUCGCCGGGGCUAGCCCGCGACACGAGGCAGUCUCGACACAAAAGGAAACUAACCUCGUCAAGCAGUCAUCAGGGCAUUUUUUUUUUUUUUUUUUUGAGCUCUCGGUUACUGGAACACUCAAAAGCACAAUUAUUCGUGUAAAUCCAAAUACCUUUAAGUUCUGCCGACGUAGGUUUUCGAAUUUUUUUCGCAUGAAUCCAGAGACCCGGAACCUUAAUGAUAGGACUUGUGUAUGUCGUAUGGUACUUGCGAGGUGCACAUGAUCACGGAUGGUGAAAAAUAAGUGAAGCCUGUGCUUCACUGUGUGCUUUCAAUGAGUUGGCGAUUGCAAAAAGUGUUCUGAGUGUUUAAUGCUGUACGCAUUCGAAAUUUUUGGUUGUUGCACAUUCUUUCUAGUAGCUAACACACACGCUGUAUUAUUUCAAGUAGCGUUGCCUACCCCCCAAUUUUCAACCGCUUUGUUCAUACUGUCGCAGCUGAAUAUUCGCUGAAAAUGACGGCAUGGCGACAGUAAACACUGUUCUACAGCUGGAGGGAUCAAGUAUAGAUCAAUUAUAGCGCUCUUAUGCGUUGGACAUAGAUGCUGGAAUAUUUGCUCAAACACCCUAUAGGCUCAUAUGUUUAAGAACCGCCUUUGUUAUGAAGCGUCACACAGCAUUACCCGCGCAAGAGAGAGAAUGCUUUGCGGGUCACCAGAAUUCGAGCAGAAAUUGGAACGCGGCCCAUAUAUUAACCAUGUUUCACCAAUAUUCACCAUGGCAUCGCAUGGAAGAUCUUUGACGUAAGUUUUUGAGCACGCAGUAACCGCCGGGUUGAGCUUCUGUGUAUCUGGUUCACUUCCACAGCAUCAAAGUUUUCGCGCUUUCUUUUUGUUUCGCUUCUCAUUUAUUUCUUUUAGUUUUUUUGUUCGCCUUUUGUUUUUGUGGCAGGUCACAGAAAUUUGACCAGUGAGACACAUCGACUUUAUUUUUUUCUCAAUCAAUCAAUCAAUCACUCAAUCAAUCGAUGUUCCACACGCGAGAUUUGAUUGAGUUAAAGUGCCACUACGGAUCGAAUCUCUUAUCUUCAGGAUCAUGCCGAAUCUAUUUUCAUCGGUGUCCACGUGUCUCACACUGUAUUCUCCCAAAAUAUUGUUUCUUUAUCUGACGUCCAAGCAUCAUGAAAUUAAUUUCUGGUAUGAAGAAGUAUGACGUCAUUGUGCGUGCAGCCAAUCACCGGUUUGGCAACGUUUUUCCUUCUCCUCCCCACAGCAGCUGGCAGUUUUCCAACAUGGGGCGGAGACCGAAAAGGUGCGCGCGCUGUUGCUAGGAGACAGACCCCCAGAGCUCGCAGUAAUUUUUGCCUUUUUUUUUCUUUAGAAAAUUAAGCUUCAUGUUCGCUGACAGCAAUACGAAGUAAAGUAGACCUAUUUUUUUUGUCCGUAGAGGCACUUUAACGCUACCGCGGGAAUAUUUAUCAUACGAUAUAAAUAUAUAAAUACUGGUAGAAAGGAUAUUGAAUCCGUAUACUUGUGAGCUUUGAAUUAGUGCCAAUACCUGUGCCAUAGCGCGGAAAAAGCGCGAUGGAAUUUUACAAGUGUACUUCGGAGUGUUUCAUAAUUACGUUCUUAUUAGGUGGUAGGUUUAUUAUCUCUUCCACGGAGGAUAAAUGCGCUCGGUUUAACCUCAGAGCGCCCUCCACAUAGCACAAACGAUACAAACGUCUGAAUCAAAAGUCACGAUGGUGAAGCGUAAAAAAAAAAAAAGAAAGAAAAAGGAGAGAGGGCGCGAGUUAUUCUUUUAAAAGCCACACCGGGUGAUUAGUUUUAUUUAUUGUCAUAUUACGAAUGGCACAUAACGCAAUCUUCCCGUCGUAAUCGUUCCAAGUUUACUCUGUGGUCCUAAAUUAACGGUAUGCGUGUGCUUCGUUAUUUGCUGUAAUUCCAUUGCAGCUGUAAUUAAGUGGAAGCCCUGUAACUGUAACGUGAGAGUAACUCUCUCGAAUAAGUCACUGAAAUUAUUUCUGUUGAUAUCGCGAUUUCAGUUCAAUAUUAUUGCUGCGGUAAGAAAAGGGCAUGCUGCCGGACUUCUCUUUUAAAUUGCUUUUGAACCUUUACCGGUUGCAGAACUUAUUUUGAAAAAUUGUGAAAAAAAUAAAAAAUAUGAUGCAUAAGCUUUGCUGAAGAAAAAUAAUCCAGCUACUGCACCGGUAGCUCUAAUAGAAUUUGCAGAAUAUUUUGCAGAAUUAUUGUGGGACCUGUUCAGACAUGCGUGAAGGAUAGAGCUUACAGCGACCAGUGCUAACUUCAGUUCAUUUAAUCCUGCAACCUGCCCUUUUCUUAAUUAAACCACCACAUAAUACAUCGUGUAACAUCCCGGUGUGGAUUACAUUGUGGAAGGAAUAACUUCUUCCUCCUCUCCUUUCAGAGCUUCACGUGUCGUGGUGCGAGUGCUUAGGAAUAUGGUAGCGUCGUUUCCAAUGUAGAGUUCUUUGGUAAUCCUCAAUACACGUACGCGAAGCGAAUACAUCUAUGUGGUCCACAUAUCUUUAUGCGCAGGAAAGUAUUACAUUACCAGUUGGACAUGCUUUUAACGAAGCACCUUUCUAUCUCCUGGAAACCUCGACAAAGCUAAUAGUAUUUCUCAACGUAAAGUUUUCUAGUGUUAUUUAACAUUGAACAUGACUUACAUAGAUUUAAAAGAAUCUUAGAGUAUGACAUUAAAAUAAAUAGAUCAUUGUUUUAACCUUCCAAGGAAUGUUUAACGGCUCUACCAUGAGCAGGCGUUGUUUCGUUAAUACACUUCCACUCGUGUAGGACAACCAAACGUAACAGGAGAACCCACUAUUAUGACAAAAAACAUCGAUUUGUUCCAAAGUAUCAGUCUGCUACGUCAUCAACGCACAUCAGAAUUCACAUGUUACGCGUAGCAUAACACUGUACAACUUUGACAAGGUUAUUUCAUCCCUAGCGUUCUCCAUUUUGAACACACUCUCUCGGUAACAUCAGCAUGAAAGAACUCUUUCAACAUCAGCAUGUUCUUGGAUAUAAUGAUCAUGAUAGUUUUUUUUUUAAAGGGGGAGUGCGAAAGAGGUGAGGAAACAUUUUGGAAUGUGUUGUGUUCACACGUGAUGUCAACGAACAAAGUAGAUCCCGUUGGGGCUGAACUGCAAACGCGAGUGCUGGCCAAUAGCUGUCUUUUAUUCAGUCACGUGUUCAGUUUGUGUUAUUUCCAUGGUAGCGAGGCUUGCUUUUGUUCUGUGAACGUGCGCGCAAGCAUCUGAAACAGUACAAUCACCUGCUGCUAUAUAACAUAGACAAGUUGAUGUGCAUUGAAGAACGUUUCUUCACAACCGCCACCUGGCGUGAAUAAAUUUUGAAAUUUUCGCCUGUGCGGAAUGGCGCGUUGGCAUUCGUAUGUUGGCGUACGACUGCGGUGCAGUGUGCUGAUGUCACACUAAGAAUCGAUGUGACACGCGAAAAAUAUGUAACGUAAUGUAAGUUUCGUCGUCUCCGCUGCAUACACAGGAUGGAUUUAUCCACGUCUGCAUUUUGUACAGAAUGAAGUUUCUGCAAAGUUAUAAUAAUAAUGAACACAGUAAUUAUCGUAAUUUUUACUUCGCGUUUUAAUUCGCGAGUCACGUGUGAUCGUGGCGUCGCUAACUAUCCCCUGAUGUAAACCUUGGAAUUAAAAGGGUAAUCAAAGGGUAAUUAAUCAUUUGUACCAUUGUAUUGUAGUAGUGUACCGUAUUAUUUUUGUGCACUGCAACGGUUCAAGCAGGCUUCCAACCCGUCCCCGAACGGUUGCCAACCGGACCGGUUAUUACUGCGAUCUCAAGUGUAUGAUUUGAUAGCGCGAGAGAAGCUAAAUUAAUGUAAUAGGAAACAGCGAAGAAAGCGUAUGCGGUUUACACGCACAGUAUUUAAAAAAAAAAGUGUGUUCUUUCUUAGUUUUUUUUUUAUUGGAAGUUGUUAGCUUGUUGGCACGUCUUACGUGAUAUCCAAUCCACGCCACAUACCUUCAAUCAGUUUUGUAAUAAAAAUUAAUAUUGUUACAGCAAUUAAAUGUCAAAUGUAAUAAUGUAAUUACUUGGGGAAGCACGCUUCACAUGCCAAAACUAAUGUAUGCCAACACGUCUCUAACGCCCCGUUCCGUUGCAGGACCGCCCGACGUUACGGUUGCCGGCAGUAUUUAAUGCUACCUGCUAACCUCCUACUGAUAUAUCCUUUAUGACGUAAUUACCGCAAAUACUGUAAUCACAUUCACCUCCGCAAAACAGUACCCCUAAAUUCGUAGCCACCCCCCAAACGUAUGCCAGAAGCACAUUGAUUCUGUAUGAUACUGUGAAUGACGCUAAAACCAUUCUAGCCGGUUUCCUGCAAUGUUUACGUGUUAUGUACAGCUCGUGCAUUGAACAGGUUGGUUAGCUUUCGCACUACCAACCAGGUGGCAUCCUUGUAGGGCAAACUCAUGUACGCUGAAACUCCGUUGCUUGGUUAGUGUGCUAGUGCCUGUAACAAAAUGUACAGUAUAAUAAUGUAACCAUAUUUAUUUUGCUGUUCGUCAAAGACGUAAGGUGCCAAACUGUCGACAGUCCAAAGAUCUUUGGCCGAGAACUGUUUCAGUGACAUGGCGUCCUAAUACUACGUGGCAGCUUGCGCUUGAAUGUAGCAUUCAUGUAAAUGCUCUCACAGUCUAUAGCUUUUUCGCAUGAGGAAGAUUAUGUACAGGGAGAUAUGUCCUUUGAGGGUGAUACAAAUGACAAACAUAAUUGAAGGUGGACAAAGUGAUUGUCAUUCCUAUGUAGAUUUUCAAAUGAAAGUCAUGUUUGUAUAGUGUAACGAAGGGAUUCUGUAAUAUAUUCCCAAAUUUGGAGCUGAUAUUGACAUGAUCGUUUGAAGGCUGUGGAGGUACCGUGGUACGGGUCACACGUGCUAUGGUCAGCUUUCGUGCGCGUGAUCUGAACAUGUUUCUAUUUCUUCCUGAAAUUAGUAAAAGUAACUAGCGUAUAAGUAGAUGACACGUCACAAUGUUAUAUGUUCAAACGCUGCAAUGGGUAUACGAUGAUGAAACAAUGGAAGCGACGUAGGGUAGCUGUUCGACCACGAGAAGAAUUCUUUUGUACUCAGUGUAGAUUAAAGUAGUAAAAACGUCUGAGCGUUAGCAGCUAUUACGAGGUAAGAGGACAAUAAACGUUUGAA